AUGGAGUUCUCUACUCAUGAGGAAGCUUAUAAUUUCUACAAUGCAUACGCCAGACUUAAGGGAUUUGGUGUUCGCAAGGGUCACACAGCUUGGUCGAGAAAGAAAGAUGCAAUCCUAUCUAGAAUAUUUGUAUGUGACAAAGAAGGCUUUAAAUCUUUAAAAGAUAAAAGAGAAGAUGGUCGGAAUGUAAUUCGAAAGUUCGAUACAAGAUGUGGAUGCAACGCAAGGAUGGUUAUUGGACUUGAUAGAAGCACUGAAAAAUGGGUGGUCCGAAAGUUAAACAGUAAGCAUAAUGGUCAUCCAUUAACCACCCCAACUCGGGUAAAGAAGCACUACUCACAUCGGACACUUCAUCGAGCUCAAUCGACAAAAAGGUUGAUAGAUACUCUUGACAAUCAAGGUUUACGGCCUUCUGCCAUUUGUAAGGUUGUAGACGUUGCUCAUGGCAAUGAACAAGGCUCUCUCACUCAACAAGAAUGCCAAGCACAACUUAGACUUAAACGAAGAAACAACGUCGGCCAUGAGUGCGUGAACAUAGUUCGUCAAUUUCAAGAGAAAAAGGUAUCUGAUCCUCAAUUUUACUUCGCACUUGAUUUAGAAAAUGAUGGGACGAUGAGAAGUGUUUUUUGGAUGGAUGGUAGGUCGAGGACUUCUUACUUGCAAUUUGGAGAUGUUGUUUGCUUUGAUGUUACAUAUAGAACGAACAAUUUAAAAUUGCCGUUUGCACCAUUUACGGGCGUUAACCAUCAUCGACAGUCUACUCUAUUUGGGUGUGCGUUACUGGCCGAUGAAACGGAGGAGACGUUUAUAUGGUUAUUUAGCCAAUGGUUAAAAUGUAUGUCGGGUAUAGCACCAGUAACAAUCAUCACUGAUCAAGAUAAAGCUAUGUGUGGUGCUAUUCACAAAGUUUUUCCUAAAACUCGCCAUCGCUUUUGUUCUUGGCACCUUCGUAGGAAUGCCUUACAAAAUCUUCAAUCAAUGCAUAAUGAUUAUGGUGAGGAUGUUGGUGUAAAGUAUAACAAAUGGUAUUGGAGUAAAUCGGAAGAAAAAUUUGAAAAGCGUUGGGAAGAAAUGAGGGACAAAUAUGGUGCAGAUAAAAGGAGUUGGUUAGUAAAUUUAUACAAUCAUCGAGAUCAUUGGGCUCCAGUGUAUCUUAAAGACACUUUUACUGCAGGAAUGACAUCUACUCAGCGGAGUGAGGGAAUUAAUGCUUUUUUUGAUCAUUUUGUGAAUGUAAAUACCGAGUUACAUGAUUUUGUUAAGCAGUAUGAUAAUGCUGUCAGAGCUCGCCGAGCCGCUGAACUUGAGCAAGAUUUUAAGUCCACAAACUCAGUUCCUACAUUGAUAAUUGAACAUCCCAUUGAAAAACAAGCUCGGGAGAAUUAUACGAAGAAUCUGUUUACUAUCUUUCAGAAAGAACUCAAGGAUAGUUACUCCAUGCUUCAUGAAAAGUUGUCGAAGGACGGCGCAAGUGCUACUUAUGCCGUUUGGAAUAUAGAUAGCGAGGCUGAAAGCAAGAAGAUAGUAAAGCAUCAUGUUGUUUUCGAUACAUCCAAAGAAAAAAGAAUUAAGUGCUCUUGUGCGAGAUUUGAGAUGGAAGGUAUAUUAUGCAAACAUAGCUUGCACAUUUUAGUAAAGAAGCAAGUAUUAGAAAUUCCAUCAAGAUAUAUCAUGCAACGAUGGACAAUUAAAGCAAGACAUGUUGGUUGCGGAGUUGUUAGAAAUUGCAUUACAAAUAGUGAAGACCAACUAUCUAUCAUUAAACAUUGGGCCCUUAGGAGUAGAUGUAACAAGGCACUAGAAGAUACAUUGACUUCAAGUACACUUCAUGAUAAGUUUAGUGCUUUUUUAGACUCAUUUUUUGAAGAAGUUGAGAAUUCCAAGAUUGAGAAGGAACAUAACGACAAUGGAAAUGAGAGCAAUGCCAGCAAUAAGAUGCCUACUUCAUCCAUACCCAUCUCUAUAGAGGAAGCAACUCAAAUCACUAUUCGUGAUCCAGAUAAGCCUGUUGCCACGAAGGGACGACCAGCACAUGCUACUAGAAUUAAGUCGGGAGUGGAGAUAGCACAAGAAAAGAGUAUAAAAAAACAAAGAUUUUGUGGGUUUUGUAAGGGAAAAGGACAUUAUAUAACGAGUUGUCCUUUAGCUAAGAACAAAAAUGUUGCUCGUGGAGGUCGAGAAAGUUAA